UUAAGAAUAUUCUGUUUGUAACAGAUUCGACCAUCUUAGCUCGAGGAAACAUGUUUCACUGGACGAUUCGUCUGUUUCUCGUCUGUCUCGUGGGAUAUGUCUCCACUCCAGCUACAGCUGCAGUGAAGAAAUACCAGUUUGAUAUUCAAGUAAAGAACAUAAGCAGGUUGUGCCAUGAGAAGCCAAUCGUCACGGUGAAUGGGAUGUUUCCAGGACCGACCAUCUACGUUAGAGAAGGAGAUCGACUUCUUAUUAACGUUACUAAUUUUGCGCAGUAUAACAUGUCAAUUCACUGGCAUGGAUUGAAGCAAUAUCGCAACGGGUGGGCUGAUGGACCAGCUUAUGUAACGCAGUGUCCGGUACAGACAGGGCAAAGUUACACUUACGACUUUAAUGUAACAGGGCAACGAGGGACGUUGUGGUGGCAUGCACACAUCUCUUGGCUGAGAGCCACUGUUUAUGGUGCUAUUGUGAUAAUGCCUAAACAGGGGACCUCAUAUCCUUUCCCCCAACCUGAUUUUGAAUUCAAUUUACUCUUAGGGGAAUGGUGGAACGAUGAUGUCGAAACGGUCGUUAAGCAAGGAAACAAGCUGGGAUUGCCUCCAAAAACAUCGGACGCACACACCAUCAAUGGCAAGCCAGGGCCACUCUUCCCGUGUCCUGAGAAACACACAUAUGCUGUAGAGGUUGAGCAAGGAAAAACUUACCUCUUGAGGAUCAUCAACGCUGCUCUCAACGACGAGCUUUUCUUUGCUGUAGCUGGCCACAACAUGACAGUGGUGGAAAUUGACGCUAUCUACACAAAGCCCUUCUCAACCAAUGCAGUCCUGAUAGCACCCGGUCAGACCACAAACGUUCUCCUUCGAGCAAACCAAGCACCCGGAAGAUACUUCAUGGCUGCAAGGCCAUUCAUGGACGCGCCAAUUUCUGUUGACAACAAAACUGCCACUGCCAUACUUCAAUACAAAGGCAUUCAAAAUACUGUAAUUCCAAGCCUUCCCCAGUUACCAGCACUUAAUGACAGUGCCUUCGCACUUAACUACAAUGCCAAGCUCCGAAGCCUAAAUUCUCCAAUAUUCCCUGCAAACGUACCACUUAAGGUCGAUCGCCAUCUUUUCUACACCAUAGGCCUUGGAGUAAAUCCCUGCCCAACUUGCCAGAACGGAACACAACUAACAGCUUCAUUAAACAACAUUACCUUCGUGAUGCCCCAAACUGCACUUCUACAGGCUCACUACUUCAACCUUAAAGGAGUGUUCACAACAGACUUCCCAGACCGGCCCCCUAUGCCUUUUAACUACACCGGAGCACCACUCACGGCCAAUCUCCAAACGACACAGAGCAACCGUCCACGUCUCAGCAAGAUAGCAUUCAACUCAACAGUUGAACUAGUACUACAAGACACCAACCUUCUAUCUGUUGAGUCUCACCCGUUCCAUCUCCACGGCUACAAUUUCUUUGUUGUCGGGAGUGGGAUCGGUAACUUUGAUCCAAAGAACGACCCAGCGAAGUUCAACUUGGUUGAUCCCCCUGAAAGAAACACAGUCGGCGUCCCCACUGGCGGGUGGACUGCCAUAAGAUUCAGGGCUGAUAAUCCAGGAGUAUGGUUUAUGCACUGUCACUUGGAAGUUCAUACUGGUUGGGGACUGAAGACAGCAUUCGUGGUGGAGGAUGGACCAGACGCAGAUCAUUCAGUAUUGCCUCCGCCCAAGGAUCUUCCACCUUGUUAAUUCACAACAAAUUAAUUCUAUAAAUUUGAGAGAAACUCGCGUUUCCCAUCGGCGAUUUCGUUGGCAAGUUAAACAUGUUGCCAAUUUGAACAUUAUUAAUUUCAUACACGAAUUACUUGUAUCAAUUCUUUAUUCCAUGAACUAUGUAAGAUUUGUUUUCCAACGAAUGAAUGAUGAUUAAUCUAUUUUUAAUCUUUAAUUC